GCUCCGGUCGGCGAUCUCACUGCAUUAAGAACAGCUACAAAAAAGUCAUAUUUCUACGGUUAGAAGAAGAAUUACGAGGAACCACUACGCUCAAAAGUUUGGCAAGAUGGGAUUAUGAUGGAAGUUGUUGUCAAUGGCAACAGGUGUUGUCGUCAUGGAGACUGUUGCUAAUUUAGAUAGAUUGGUCAAGCCAGCAGAAGUAGAGUUUCGACCUUCAGAGGUUGAACUCAGGAAACCAGGAGUAUGGUGUGUAACGCCUAUCAAAGAGGGUCGGAUGUACGGACCGUAUGCUGGAGAAGUCGUCACGAAGGAUAAAUAUGGUGAUAUCAAUUAUAGAUACGCCUGGGAGGUUUUUAACUUUGAGACAAACAGAGUACAACAUAUAAUAAAUGCUACGAACCCCGUAUUUGGAAAUUGGAUGAGAUAUGUCAACUGUGCUCGAUAUUUUGAAGAACAGAAUAUUGUGUCGGUUCAAGUCGAUGAAGAAGUUUAUUAUAAAGCUAUCAAGGAUAUUGAGGUUGGAGAAGAACUCCUCACAUGGUUUGAUCUCGAACAGAGACAGAAUGUUAACGUGGAGAAAAAAGACAAGAAAAAGAAGCAGAAUGAAACUAAACCAAAAGUCAGUAAGAAGAAAGUUGAAGUCUCUGAUGAUGAGUCGGAAACCGCUUCACCCAAGAAGAAAACCCAACCAUGCAUCAACGCCUCCCUGCUCACAAAAUCAUCUCCACAGAAACGUAAAGUUACUUCACCUGUCCAGACCCUGGGAACCGUGGAGGUUAAAAAGAAGAAAAAAGAAAUCCAAACAACCAUGAAUUACAAAAUCAACAAGAAAUCGUCAAAUAAAUGGAUGAGUUUAGACAAAUGGCCUACAACUGAAACAUCAACAACGACGAACAAAUCCCCAAAAAGCAUUAAAUCUCCAUCAAUGACCAGCAAAUCACCAUUGAUAAAUAAAUCUUCUACAAAUAAAUGGCUGACGUCGACGACCCAGUUGCCUGUCCAAAAUAAUUCGCUCAACAUAAACAAAUCGUCCACGAUCUCCAAAAGCCCAGUGAAAAUUGCGAGCGCAGGCAGUGCCAAAUCACCUGGUAGCACAAAGUCUGUAAGCAGUGCAAAGUCAUCGCCCAAACAAUUACAGAUAGGGAAAUCAUCCCCUAGCAGUUCCAAAUCUCCAGGUGGUAUGAAAUCACCUAAUAGUUCCAGAUCUCCAAAUAAGGUAAAAUCGAUGAGAAAGAAAACAGAAAAAGUUGACAAUGAUAAAACUGAUCUCAAGAUGAAAUCUGGUAGCCCCAACAGUUUACUCAAGACGGAAAACAGCUCAAAUUAUUUUGAAUUCCACGUUGGGAAGAAGCAUCAUGUGAUCCGUGACCGUGAUGGCAAGAAGAUGUACGAGUGUGAAUUAUGUGACGUCACGUAUCUAAAGCCCUUCAGUUUAAAACGCCAUUUUUUACGAACUCAUAUUAACUGUCAGUAUGUGUCAAGCAGGGAUUUGAUAAACUGUUGUAUUAACGCCAGUCAGCAGAUGGAACGGAUCGAAUCGGCUCAAAAAACUCAAAACUCAGGUGCUAAGUUAUAUAAUGGAUUAAUUAGAUCUCAAAACUCUAGUCCUAUCAAGAACUCGCAAUCUAAAAAUUAUUCCCCAGGAAAAUUAAGCACAGGGGAGACAACUCCAUUUAAGAAAUCAGGGAAUUCGGUAAAUAAUGAAGUCAGGUUUCCUGGACUCUACAAAUGUGAUUCUUGUUAUUUUGUUUUUGAUGAUAUGAAUCAACUGAUCUCCCACAACAAAUGCCAUGAUUCAGCAAACGCAAAUAGUCGAGACACUUCUCCCAACAAAACUCCUAAUUCUAAAUUACCUGCCAGAAGUGCAACUAAAAGAUCGUCCAAGAAAAUGUCAAUAAAAGACGCAACCCAGGCACAAAUCUUGCCCAUGAUGUCAAAAGCAACAGAAAAAUCUUCACCAAGCAAGAGCACACCAUCUAAAUUGUCCAAAGGGUCUCCAAAGAAAACUCUGAGGAAAAGUUCAGGAGAUAUAUCACCGAGGAAGAAAUCACCAGUAAAAAAUUCUUCCCCUGAUUUACCUCAGAAAAAAUCACCCAUGAAGAAUUCACCCACUGUGUUUUCUUCUCCGAAGAAGAAAUUCUACGCCAGAUCCCCAAGGUCAUCACCACGGUUAUCUGGAAGUCCUUUUGGCAAGAGAAGAUCACCAAAGAAAAAACCAAGGGGAGGGAAAUACGUGAAACAGAAGUUUAAGAAUUAUCCUUGUACGCUGUGUAAAGUUCGUUUUACGAAAGUGUCAAAUCUAGAAAAACAUCUGAAAGAACACAAUGAAAACAAAGCCUUUCCUUGCUAUGUGUGUGGUAAAGCUUUUAUGAACGAGACGAAGAUGAAACAACACGUAAGAUAUCAUUUUGGUCAGAAUGUCAGCUGUCGACACUGUUCCGAUAAAUUUGCUAACGUCGGAGACAUGAGAAUUCAUCUGAAGAACACCCAUAAAGAGGAAUGGCUGCUGAAAGAAAAGGAAGAAAACAAAACCCAGGCCAAAACGAAGAAAGCCAAUCAACAAAAUAUCGGCCAACGUUCACGAAAAGAUAAGGUAAAGGUUAUCUCUGAAAAAGAUUAUCGAGCAUUUAUACCUGAUAAAAAACUUGUUCAACCCUCCAUUAAAAACAGCCUCUCCGCAUCUCCAAAGAAAAUCUUCAAAUUUUUAACGUCACCAGUGUCUAAGAAGAAAGUGUCCGAGAAUGAACGAGCUGCUAAUGGCUACAAAUCUAAAUAUCGGUAUUCAUGCUUCACGUGUAAAAAACGAUUUAUAAGUUAUUUUUCACUGGGUCAACAUCGAAAGACGAAUCAUCGUUACGAUCGGUAUUCAGCUCCUUCAGUCCUUCUCCACAUGAAACAAAAAGUUUCAGAAGAAAAGAAUCCAAUUGGUGUUCUACCGAUGUUAGCACCCCCAGUGUCGCCUGAUCCUUAUUAUGAAACUGUGACCGAUAACGUUAGUACGAAUCUAGAAUCAUUCCUGGAUGGAAAAGCAGAGGCCCUGAGAAAUUACAAGAAACACAUUCAGAUAAAUGGAUAUAGAUCAAUUAAUUCUGUUACACAUUUUAAAACUCCAAAAUUUGAUUGGACAAACUAUAAUUUUCCGUUCCAUUAUCAGCCAUAUGAAAGUGUGAUUGGUUAUAGCGCCAGCAAUAAGGGACCUAUGAUUCCUGAAGAUGUAACUCCAGCUCAUGAUCUGAGAAGAGAAACGGCUGUCGAAAAUUCCUUUUUACGCUCCGGUAUAAGACAUAGACCAGAAGCAUUAAAAGAGUUAAAAUUAGAUGUUAGUAGUGAUGAGCCACCCGUGUUACAGUGCAUGUCUGUUUCAGAGAAAUCCCAGGAUAGCGAUGGUGAUAGCGAUAAUAACAGCAUGCCUUCAUUGACGCCAUCCUAUGAUGAAGAGAAAGGUAAUAAAUUCUUUCAUAAAUUCGACGGGGAACCAAACGUGAUAAAUAAAUCUAGUGUAGAAUCGUCCAAUCUUACAAAAGUAGACGGUGCUUCUCAAAACUCUUUAGAAAGUAGUGAAAAUAAAUCAAGUGCCUUGCAUUCCGAUAAUUCGGAUUCUGAUGACAUCAACUUAACCACGUGUGUGCCUCAUCUUGAAGCUUUGAAUCUUGUAAAUUCAUCGGAAAGAGAAGAAAUAAUCAACCAAUUAGAGGCAGCAAAUCAAGCCAUUCCUGCGCGCAUCUUUGAAAAAGAUCUUCGCAAUACUUUAGAAGGACAAAAAUGGGAGAGUUUCCGCGAUGAGAUAGCAUUCGGGAAGUUGGGAGAUGUUAUCAAUGUUUGUUCCGUGUGUAAACGUUAUUUUGAGUCAGUAGAUUCUCUGGUACGCCAUCAAUACACGAAGCAUUCCUCCAUGAAGUGUCGUUAUUUACAGAUAGAAAAAGGUAAUGGAAUAGACGGUCUGUUUUAUUCAUGGCCGAGUAAUGAAGGGAUGUUAGCCUCGUCUACACCUAUCCCAGAGGACUGCCACAGUCUCAGUUUGUAUAGAUGUACGCGAUGUAAAAGCAGUUUCAAAAAUAUCAGUAGGCUUCAUGUUCAUAUUAUCAGUUGCGAUCCUAAGAAAUUGUUCUACGUGGAAAGGAUUUCGCUCAAAGAAAGAAGAAAACAAGAGGAAAAAGAAAAGAAAAAAGAAGCGAGAUUAAAGGCCAAAGAAGAAGAAGCAAAACAAAGAGGCAGGAAGAAGAAGAAUCACUUAUCACGAGCAAAGGCACAGCUCGAACAAAAACGCAAAAAUGAAAAGGUCAAGAAGAUCAUAAAAGAACGUCAAGCGGGGAAAUCUCCGUCAAAAUCUCCAAAGGUGAUUCAGAAGGCGACUAGGUCACCAGAUAAUAAAUUUGGUCUUUCACCACGAUCGUUACGAGAAGCUCGUCGCAGUCAGAUGGAUUUAUCCUCCAUGGCCGGUGAUGGGCGUCUGACAAGGCAGCGCAAACGAAGAAACUACGAGCUUCUUUACAAACCCGACAAUCAUGUCAGAAGAAGGGAAAUGGCAGACGUGAUAGAGACCCAUCAAUGCAGUGGGUGUAAUUUGAAGUUCCGAACUCUUUUCCUCUUAGAAAGACACGCCAGAAAAUGUAGCGAAAAGGAUAAAUUGAGAUCAUCGAAGUCUAUCAAAGAUUCCAAACAACCGAAUAGUGUAACCCUACAACAUAAUUGUCAGUACUGCACACGUAAGUUUACGUAUCUGAAGAGUUUAGCCAAUCAUUACAAAGAUUUCUGCCACGUGAAAAAAGACAGACAGAAAAAUGGCGAAAUAAAUAAGGAAGAGUUGGAGAAGGAGAAGGUUUUACGUGAAGAAAUUACAGGAUUGGAAGGUCUGGGUAACAUGGAAGAUAAAAUAACAGAAGAAAUGGAGGGAAACAAGAAACGUUGUGGAUGGCCGAGGGGCAUGAAGAGAAAAAACAGGAGGAAGAACCAUUCGUGGACUUACACAAAGAAGAAAAAGUCUUCUCAGGAAGAUGAUCCACUAGUUGAAGAGGAGGACAAAAAAUUUGACUUUGCUGAGGAUUUACCAAAAGACAGCAAGGGAUUGUCUGAGAGUACUCCACGAACGUCGUCAGAAAAUCAAGGAACUACAUGUAUAAACAGUAACCCACACACGAAGUUAGAAAGGGAUAGUGAUUCUGGUACUUUAGAAGAUGAUCUCCAGGGCAAAGAAAAGUCUGGAAUUGGAAAAAGAUUGAAUGAAAUACAGAGCAAAGAUAAAGUCCCAAAUAUUCAAAGGUCAUUCCAGGAUACAGAGAAGGACGAUCUGUGUAGCUCUCUAGAAGCACAGCAUAUGAGGCAUACAGCAGAACUAGUGAAAGAAACCACCCAGGUUCACCAUUUAAGUAGAUGUCCAAGUAAAGAUGCUGUAAAAGAUCUUGAAAACACCUCAAAACGUGAACAAAUUCCAAAUAAAGAUGAGCAAACAAAGGAUUUAGAAUUAACUGUAAAAGACAAAAAUGAUAAUCAGAGAGAUGAGGGGAAGUGGAACAGUGUACAAUCAACAACCGCCAACGGAUUGGAAAAUGUUGAAGCAACUACCUCCAAAGGAUUCGGAAAUGUUGAAGCAACUACCCCCAAAGGAUUUGACAAUGUUGAAGUAACUACCUCCAAUGGAUUGGAAAACGUUGAAGUAACUGUUUCCAAAGUAUUCGGUAAAAUUGAAGAAUCAACAGCUUCCAAAGGAUUGGAAAAAGAAGCAACUGCCUAUAAAGAAUUGGAAAACACUGAAGAAGCAACUAAUUCUAAAGGAUUAGAAAAGGUUGAAGAAGUAACUACCGCCAAAGGAUUGGAUGAAUCUAUUCAGGAUGAUGUUAAAAAUCUAGCAGAUACUGUUUCCAAAACCGUUAUACAUGAAGUCUACGAAGAAGUGGUAAAUGAGAACAAACAGGACACAGAUAUUAGUAAAAUAGUGGUUGAUGGAAACAAUUCUACAGAUUUAAGUCUGUCAAUGCAGAUGACUGAACAACUUGAUUGUGCUGUGGAACAUAUACCACAUCUUCUGAAAACAGCCAAUGAUCGACCUGAAGGUACAGCAACUUCAAUCAAUGGUAGGGAACCAACAAAACCAUCCAGUGCAUGGUCUAACAGAGCAGAUUUAGCCAAUGGGCCCAUUGAUGAAAUACCCGAAGCUGCUAAAACGAUGGAUGUGGAAAGAGGUAUCCAUAAACCCAAGAAUACUGAUGUUGGGAUCAUCGCUGAAGCAGAAACAAGGAACCUGUCUUCCAAAAGUAAUUUGAACACAAUCUAUGCACCAAGCGACCAUCUUGCUAUCGUCCAUAUUUCAUCAGCUGGAGAUUCGCUGACUAACAUAGCAGCAGGUACGCGACUUCCUUCCGAACCGAACCAUGUGAAAAUAUCAUCUAUGUCGCCUUAUAAAGACAACCUGGAUGUUAAUCAUAAAACUACCAAUUCCCCUUCACGCAAAAAAUCAAAGACCUUGUUUGUAGAUACUUUGAUUUUUAAAACCACAAAUAAACAAUUGGUAUCCAUUGACAACACGAAAUCUAAAUACAGUGAAACCAAUGGUAAUGUUCAUUACAGUGACGUAACAGAUAAUAUAAAAAAUGAUUUCAUUGCGACAUCUAAUAAGUGCGUUUUAGAUGAGAUUGUUAGCGAUAAAAAUCAAUCGGCAGAAUACGUUGCUUCUGUAACUGCCGAACAGAAAGUUGAUGUUGACCGCGAAAAAUUGAAUUAUGAUGCUAAUGACUCAGAUAGUGAUACAACCAUAUAUGGUGAUGACUCAGAUAACGAAAGUGCCAUGUAUAAUAUUGAUACGGAAACGGACACGGACAACGUUAUUUACAACGCUGAAACAGAAACGGAUGGCGAAGUCGUGAAGCCUGUUGGAGAAAAUUUAGAAUCGAAAGUGCUGUGUAAAGAGAAUUUUUUUAAUAUGGGUAGUUUUAGCAAAGAGACCAGUAAGGAUAAUACGGUUUCUACAGAAGAAAAUAAUAGAGCCAACAUUAAUCAUCCCUCCACAGUUACUAGUGGUGACCAUAGUAACAGUUGCUAUACAACAAUAGUUGACGUCACACCCGAUUCUGACGUCAGCCGAUAAACACAUGGCUACUGCAUCAGUUGUCAGGUUGCUUGCUGUUCGUGUUAUUUUAAAACCCUUUUUGUAGAUAUUCAUUCGAAUUUCAUUGAUGUGAAAUUUAUUAUUCAUUAUGAAAAUAACCAAAAUUCGGUCCUGAUCUUAGGAAUGUAAAACCUCUAUUUGUUGAUCUUCAUCCCAAAAAUUCAUUUCACUUCUCCAAAUUAACCGUUUUGAGUUCUAGGGCCUGUUUCACGAAAUAUUAACUAAAGAUAAAAUAAAAGUUUUAGCAGAUACUUCAAUUUUGAUUGGCUAAGCACUAAAAUCAAUCUAAUAUUAUCCAAUCAAAUUACUAAAUUUUGGAUUUUAACUUAGUUAAAAUUUCGUAAAACAGGCCCCUGGCUCGUAACGCCAUUGUUUCAUAAUCAUAUAUCGGUGAUUAAUUAUUAUUCGGUUUUACGAAUUAGAGCCCUUUAAGUGUUAAUAAUAUGAAACCAUACUGACUCCUGUUUCUUAGUCAUCACAAUUUCAUAUUAGAUUUGGACUUGGACAUGUGUGAAUUUAUUUACCGGAAUGAGAGAAUAUUUGUGUAGGGGUAAACUACCCCCUCUUAGGCAAAAGAGAACUGCUAAUCCUAAUCGGGAAUUCACUAAUUUUGUUCUGGAUUAUUAGAUCUGUUUCGACCAGGGGCCUUGUUCAUGGAGACUUAAACUAAAUUAUUUUAAGAAUUCGUCUUUUUCAUUGGUCAAUAGCUGCAAUUUGUAUUUGAAUGUUAAUCCUCGAAAAAUCAAUUGGCUGCUUAACGCAAGGUAAAAUUUUAUGGAUAGACAAUUACUGACGAGAAUACUCUCGUCAUCAAGCAAAGACGAGAGUAUUCUCGUCGAGACAUCGCUUAGUAUUAAACCCAGUAAUUGUGUAUCCAUAAAAUUGUACCCUGUGUUAAUAUGCCCAAUUACUAAAUGCCAAUCAAAGAAAAUUGGCUGCUUCGUUAAGAUAUUUUGCAAAUAAGGCCCUAAGAUAUUUUCACGCAGUACAAGUUAUUGGUAGAUUAAGUAAUGUUUAAGAUUUGUUAUAGAAGAAUUUAAGAUGAUUAUUAUAUAUAUAUGUUUAUAGGAUGAUUAACAGUAUUACAGAUUCUAGAUUUAUGACAAGUCAUUUAACUAUUAACAGGUGACAUAUAUUUUAAACUCGAGCCAUAUUUACAGGUGACAUAUAUUCUGAACUUUAGACAUAUUUUGUUUCCUUAUUAAAUAAGAGCGAGCCGUUUUUAUUAUUUGCUCAAUCGUGGUCAACUCUCAGUAGGCCUAUAUCAUAACGGCAACCCAAAGCCCUGUACUCGUAAUAAUUCCAAACAUCCGCCCGUACAGAGUUAUUUGCCCCUGAAUCGGGAUCAGACCAGUUAUUUUAUGAUCUCGCUCUCUUAGUCACAGUUUAAUGUUAAAAGCGAUUUUCCACGCUACGGACUACUGUUGUUCAGACUGAUGUUGGUUUGUUGCGAUCAAAUAAAACAAACUUUUUUUAAUGGAAUAACAAUAUUACUAGAGUUUAUUACACUGCGACGUUUCAGCAAGAUUUCCCUUAUUGAAAGUACAGGGGUUGGGGUAUUAUGGAAUGCCGAUCCGUGUCAUUUAAAGCUUUGAAAUACAACUUGACAUUAUAAACACUAUAUUAUUUUCAUGAUUAAUUGCGACCAGUGUUUCACAUGUUCUGUUCUCAGUUUAAAGAUUGGCUUAAAGUGUUGCGUAUUAACCAAUAGUUUGGUUUAUAGUUUAUUAAUUUAGAGGUUAAAACUUUUUAUUUGUUUCUAUUUUUGAUAUUAUAUUAAACAUGUACUGUUUGUUUUCUAACAAAUUACGUAAAUUAUUGAAUAUGUGAAGAAUAUUUACAAUUGUAGAAAAUUGGAUGUUUGUACGGGAUAAUAACGUUUACAAUUGUAGAUUAUUGGAUGUUAAGAAUCACUAUGAAAUUAUUAGCUCAAGUGAGUGAUGGCACUGAGACUAAGGCCUUUAUUUUGUUUUCAAUGCAAUUUAUAUCUAUAAUUAUUUCAUUUAAUCGAUGUUCGUACUGAUGAAACUCAAAAAUAUUUACAAAUACACAUUCUUAAAUUCACCGGCUAUCAGUUUGCGUAUACUUAAUGCAGUAAAUUAUCGCGGAUUGCCUGUCCAAUCUAAUUAAAGUACAGAUCUAUAUUUCGUUUCGUUUUUUUUAUACUUUCGAUGACCUACACUACAUGAAGACCUGACCGGUUGUAGUAAAAGGUCGCGUCAGAGGUCGCACGAACGGCUAUUGACUCCAUGACGUCAGACAUCGAUUAAUCAAUCAGCGUUGACGUUUCUAGUGGUUUACUCACAGUUCCGUGCAUCGCACGAAAAGAAGUCGCCGUAACAGAUGGUUUCAUUGACUAAUCCCUCACGUCAACCAGAACGCAGGUUAUAUAACAACUCUCCAAGAUCCUAGUGUAGUACAGACAAAUAAAACGAAAUUUGGAACUAUAAAAAACGAAACGAAAUAGGAUCUGUGUUUUAAUCAGAUUGAUUGGCUGUCCGAAAAAUCAACGCUUUCUUUUCCAACUGUUUUGAAAUAAGACUUUAAAUAGCCUGGUGGUAUUAAAUAAAGCAUUGUGUAUUUGUCUGAGUUGUGUUUUUGUAGUGAUGAUGAUUAUAUGUCAGUAGUUAGUAUAUUAUAGAAUAUUUAUGUUAUGUAUGAAUGGUAUCAGAGAUUUAGAUGUAUGUAUUUAUUAUUAUGAAAGUUUUCAUGCUAUUGUCAUGUUUUUAUGUUAUUUAAGUUACUUUGUGUUUCUCUAGAGUUACCCUUUUUUAAGUUUUUCUCCUUGAUAAGGAUAUGAUGUUGGCCAUUCUGAACCAUUAUUUUUAGGCGAUCGUUGUCUUUCGUUCGUUCUAAGAGCUUAACACCCGCUUCUCCCUUCGUUCGUUCGUUUCCAGAGUUUUACGUCCACUUCCACCUAAGGUGAUAUCGUAGACAAGAGCUUCUACCUAGGGUGAUAUCGCAGAUCAGUAACCUCAGUAACACAGAAUUUAUAGUUUCUAUGGCAACUGAUGGUAAUAUAUCGCUGUAAUUUGUUUAACAACACAUAAAAUAUCAAUUAAUAUAAAAAAAUUGUUAACCACGGGGUCUAACUGCCUUCAUCAUUAAAAAAAUAUUGUAAAAUAACAGAAUUCAGGAUUGUUGACAUAUCCAUCAUUCUGAAGUCAUCAUAUUUUCUAGUUGAUAUUAAUUUAUUUUAUUUCACGUAGACAUCUUCACAACUUGAAGGUAUUACGUCACACGAAUGGAGAAUGGAGGACAGACAAGGAACAAUGUCUUGUCGUUCGGUUAGGAUCAACCGUUUACUCUCUGACGUACACGCGAAAGUUCCCCUAACAGUCGGAAUUUCCCCACAGCACACUACACGGCGCACGCCCAUCUUCAACAAUGUUCUGCACGGGGACAAUAAAGACGGGUAUACGUCACGCAGUGAGCUUCGAGGGAAAUUUUGCCCGUACAGUGGAGCUGUGGAUGGAUGUGUUGAAGAACCUUUACUUGGUGAAGAUGGUUUAUUGGAGUAUACUGUAUAGUUGAUAUUAGAUGUUGAAAUAUUUUGUUUAGUGGUUGUAAUCAUUUCUACUCAGUUCACCGAAUCACUGUUUUCUAUAGCUGUAAUGAUUUCUUUCAAUUCAUUGAUUGUAUCACGGUAUAUAAACACUGAGUAUAUAGCUGUAUAUCACGGUGUAUAUACACUGAUUAUAUAGCUGUAUAUCACGGUGUAUAGACACUGAUUAUAUAGCUGUAUAUAACGGUGUAUAGACACUGAUUAUAUAGCUGUAUAUAACGGUGUAUAGACACUGAUUAUAUAGCUGUAUAUCACGGUGUAUAUACAAUGAUUAUAUAGCUGUAUAUCACGGUAUACAUACACUGAUUAUAUAGCUGUAUAUCACGGUGUAUAGACACUGAUUAUAUAGCUGUAAAUCACGGUGUAUAGACACCGAUUAUAUAGCUGGGUGGUCGCAAUAAGAUUCGGUUAUCCAUGUCGAGAUCCAUUUGUCAUGAUCGUCAUUUGAUGGCGUCCCAAUCCCUGGAAGACUAUAAAAACGUGACCGUUUAAUCUUUAAUAGAUAUAUCAGUCCAUUAGUUGAUCAAUUCCAUAUAGUUUACUCCCUAAAACGGGAUAUCCGUCUACAAGUUGAUCAAUUCCGUAUAGUUUACUCCCUAAAAGGAAUACCUGUCCAUAAAUUGAUCAGUUCCGUGGAUCCUCUAAAAGGGUUAUCUGUCUACAGAUCGAUCAAUUCCGUUGAGUAUUGACAAAGAUUAUGAGGAACUGAGCAUACACAUCCUCAGAAGACGAUUAAAUAAACCAAUGUUAUCGUAAAAUCUUCUGAUGGGCCCCUGUUUACUCCGAUUGAAUCCAAGUCGUGAUAUACUCUCGAUGAUCCAGUGUGAUGGGAUGUCCUUGGCGUUGAUGAGAUUGACUGGAAGAAAAAGUCCCCUUAGUUGUAUAGGUCUAAAACCGCCCUGCCCUUUCCAUGCAUCCCUUUGUUGCGCAGUGCUCUUUGGUUGCUCAAAACCGUUGCUGUCGUUAAUAUUCAAUGUUAAAUAAUCCGGAGCUAGGUUAAAUUCAGCAUGAUAGUCGACGUCUGUCCCCGUACGUUAAAUAAAGAAAUGGGCUUGCAACAAAAACCCAAUUGAAUAAAAGGGCACAACCCACCCAGAUUCUGUAGUCAUACUGUGGCGAAAACCGAAGCAUUGCGAUUGCCCAAAAGCUACGACAUCAUUAUAUUAUAAUUACUCAUCACUACUCAAGGCGAGGUAAAUCGUAUUUAUUUAAAUGUUUUAUAUUUUUCACAGAAUGUUGUCAAAUGUUAUAAUAUUAAUUAUCAUCAUUUUUUAUUGAAUAAUAAAAAAACCCAAAUAUUA